AAAAAAUCGCCUUCGGUGAAGGAACUCAUGGAAUUACUUAAACUUGAUGAAAAGUUAUCGCUCAGAAAGACGGCUUCCAAGUGCAAAAGUCAAAUUACAGCAUUGAAUGUGUUUGAUGCAGCAUACAAACAACAAACCAAUGGUAUUCUCGAUGAACUUGAUGUGGAACCAGUUAAAAAGUUACAUAUUAUGACUGAAAGCAUUAAUAAAAAGAAUGAUGAUGAAG